UCCAGCUGUAUUGCUCUUUACGUGACGGUCGUGACUCGAGUUUUUUAGGUUUUACCUGGUUUUACCUUGAACAAGAAAAGAUUAAAUAAAUACGAUAUUUUAAAAUAACACACUGCAAUUACGACAAUUCGUCUAACGAUGUUGCACCACAGCCGAACAUCACGAAGAGAUCGCGAGUACGAAGAACGUCGAUCCAGAAGAUCGAAGUCCAGCCGUAAGUCUUCCGAAAAAUCCAGUGAAAGACACAAAAAAUCUAAGAAGAAAGAUUCUCGCUCGCGUCGUGAAUCGAGGAAAAAAUCAUCUAAGCGUAGAAGUCAAAAAAGGGAAUCGUCAUCUUCGUCAUCUUCGUCAACUUCUUCAUCGUCUUCGUCAUUCAAUUCAGGCAAAUCCAGUGACAGCUCCUCAUCUUCAGACUCCACAAAAUUCUUAGAAAAAUUGCAAAAAAAGAGACAAAAACAAAUAGAAGAGCAUAAACGUCAGAAGGAAUUAAUGAAAGCGACGGAAACACCAGAGGAGAAACGCUUACGUCGACUAAAAAAGAAGGAAGCUAAGGAACGUAAACGUAAAGAAAGAAUGGGCUGGGACAAUGACUAUUUGCACUAUACAAAUACGGAUAAUCCAUUUGGGGAUGGAAAUAUUUUAUCUACUUUUGUAUGGUCAAAAAAGUUAGGCAAAGAAGGUUUGCUGGGUAUGGACAGAGAAGAGUUAGAGAUUCGUAAUAGACACAAACAGGAGGAAAACAAAAAAGAAUUAGAGAAAGUCAAGAAGAGGAGACAGGAGAGAGAAUUGGAGCGGCAACAAAGGGAAGAAGAGAUGACCAUGUUACAGAGAGGUAAGGAAGCCGCUCAAUUGGAGCAAUGGGCGCGGCAGGAAGAUCAAUUUCAUCUUGAACAAGCUAGACUAAGAUCUCGUAUUAGGAUUCAGGACGGUCGUGCGAAACCCAUUGAUCUUCUUGCGAAGUAUAUCAGUGCAGAAGAGGAGGUCGAUGCGGUGGAAAUGCAUGAACCGUACACGUAUUUGCGAGGCUUGCACGUGAAAGAUUUGGAGGAUCUUAUAGAAGAUAUUAAGGUUUACAAGGAAUUAGAAAGAGGCAAGAAUUUAGAUUACUGGAACGAUAUAACUGUAAUUGUGGAGGAUGAAUUACACAAGCUUCGGAAAUUAGAACGGACUGAAUAUGAAGUUGCUGUUGGAAGAAGAGAAGGAAUCCACGAAUCAGUUGCCAGAGAUGUGACAUCGAUUUUUAAAGGCAAAACAGUGUCGCAAUUGGAAGCUCUGCAAUCGCAGAUUCAAGAAAAAAUUACGGGAAAACCUGAAGGCGUCGAUGUCGGAUAUUGGGAGAGUCUUUCUUCACAGUUGAACGCUCAUAUCGCGAGAGCGCGGCUCAGAGACCGACAUCAGGAGAAUCUGCGUAAAAAGUUGGAAGUUCUAAUUGCCGAACAAGGUGUGGCCAGAACCGAAAACGAGGCUGAGAGCUCGCAAGUUCAGGAGAGUGAGUCGUCGAUAAAACAGAACGAACCGUCUGUUAGUACAGCAGUCGAGAAGAAUGAAGAUAGUCAAUCUGACGACGAUCAAGAGACCAAUGCGGUCGACGACCUACUGACCGAAUGCUUCCGAGAAUACGAAACGGGUGGCUAUUCGCCGGUCUACAUUCCUUACUCACAGCUCGAACCGGGCACGCUUAUCACGCAAGAGGACGACGACAAUCAGCGAUUGGAGUACGCGCGGCAGGAAGUGCUGAACACCGGUAGAAAGAUUCAGAACGUGAUGACAACCGAGGAGCAGGCCAUGCAUCGAGAAGCGCGUAAGGGAAUGAAUUCGGACGAGGCGCAAUUCAGCGUCGAAGCGUCGCUGGAGGCGCAGAUCUACUUGUGGUCCGACAAGUACCGGCCGCGCAAACCGCGUUACUUCAACCGCGUGCACACCGGCUUCGAGUGGAACAAGUACAAUCAGACGCAUUACGACAUGGACAAUCCGCCGCCUAAGAUCGUUCAGGGUUACAAAUUUAAUAUCUUUUAUCCGGAUCUGAUUGACAAAAAUACUACGCCGGAAUAUUUUCUGACACCCUGCGCUGACAACAAAGACUUCGCCAUCCUGCGAUUUCACGCGGGUCCGCCGUACGAGGACAUAGCGUUCAAGAUCGUCAAUCGAGAAUGGGAGUAUUCGUACAAGCGUGGAUUUAGAGUCAAUUCCACAACAACAUUUUCCAGUUGUGGUUUCACUUCAAGCGGUAUAGAUAUCGCCGUUAACAUCGCAUGCGUAUGUACUAUUGUUUAAUAUUGACUUUUGUAAAUUGUGUGUGUAUAUAUAUAUAUGUAUAUUGUAUAAUUCUAUUGUGCAACACAAAGUGCAUUGACUUUUCGACAUCAUAUUUCAUAUUUAAAUAUGUAAGUGUGUGUGUGUGUGUAUAUGUGCACACACAAAAUAAAAAUUUAAAAAAAGAUGUAUAU